AAAAAGUAAUGGUAGUAUAAGGCGAUUUAUUAGCAGAUAAUGUAGGACUUUCAGUUUAAGAUUAAAAUUAUAUAUUUUAAAACUGCAAUAUAAUAAUAAAUUGUGCAGCUUCAAUUGAUUUUAAUGCCAAACUAGAAGAAGCUAUAUAAUCUAAUAUUUAAGGUACAUUAAGAAUAUUUGAAGUAGCCAAAAAAUGCUAAAAACUUGAAAAUUUUAUGCAUGUUUCUACAUGUUAUGUCAAUUCUAAUAUGGACGGCUUUAUCGAGGAGAAAAUAUAUAAUAAUUCUUCCAGUGAUCCAAUGGUAGAUUACAAAAAUUUAAUCUAAUUAUCACCCUAAGAAUUGGAAAUUCAAACUAAAAGUAUUCUAGGAAAUUAUGCUAAUACAUAUGUCUUUACUAAGGCUUUAGUUGAAAGAAUACUUGAAUAAUAUAAACCUCCUAAUAUGACAAUAACUAUUUUAAGACCGUCUAUUAUUGGGGCAAGUGUCUAAUAACCUUAAUAUGGAUGGGUGGAAGGAGUAACAGCACUUUCGGCAACCUUUUUACUCUGUGGAAUAGGAAUGAUUAGAUAUUUAGAGGCUGAUGAGAAGAGUAUAGCAGAUAUUGUACCUGUAGACUGUGUUAGUGAUUAAAUUAUAGUGUCUAGUGCUCUAUAUGCAGUGAAUUAGAGUGUUAAUGUGAUGAAUUGUGGAACUUCUUUCAAAAACCCAGUAGAAUGGAAAUUAACACAUAAAUAAUGUUCACUUUAUUGGAAAAAUAAUCCUUCUAAAAAAUAAAUGGUUUAUAAAUCUGAAAAUAUAAGUGAUAUGUUUAAACCUUUUGUUGUUAGAUAAUUUAUUUUCGAUACUAGUAAAAUUGAUAAUUUAGCUAAAUAAUUAUAAAAAGAAGAACUUGAUAUGUUUUAUUUGGACGUCUCCAGAAUUAAUUGGGAAUAAUAUCUCCUUAUGUAUAAUUGGGGUAUUUAAAGAUUUAUAUUAAAUGAACAUAUAGAUCCCCCUUUUUCUAAUAAAAAUAAUAUUUUAAAUAUUAAUAGUUAUACAAUAAAUUCGCUUUCCUAUUUUUCCGAUGUUAACUGGGCUCUUACUUCUGGUAAAAACUUUAAAACUAAAAGUUUUUAAGAAUAUAGACUUCUAUUAAUAAACUCAAUUUCUGUAUAGAAUGCUAUAUAGUAAACUAUCUAAUAAAAAUCUUAAUAAUAAUAAGUGAAAAAAUACUCUAUUAUAAAUUAAGUUAAUAAGGAAGUUGAGAAUAUUAUAAAAUAAAUGGUUUCGAAUUAUUAAAUGUCUUAUGUUAGAAUGAUGGGCUGGCUUUUAAAAAAGCUCUUUUAAUAAAUAUAUGAAAAAAUUGUUAUUGAUGAUAAAUAAUUACUUCUGCUUUAAAAUUAUAAUACUAUUAAAAAUGGACCUCUAAUAAUGAUGCCCACACAUAGAUCAUAUUUAGAUUUUCUACUCGUUUCUUAUAUUUUCUUUGCUUAUAAAUUAUAAGCACCACAUAUUGCCGCCUCCGAAGAUUUCCUAAAUGUUUAAAUUGUCCAUCAUAUUUUAAGGGCUAAUGGUGCUUUUUUUAUGAAAAGAAAUUCAAAAAAUAAUAUUAUUUAUAAAGCAAUUUUUAAUGAAUAUAUUAAAUUACUUUUAUAAGAAAAUUGUAUGUUAGAAUUCUUUAUUGAAGGUACUAGAUCUAGAAGUGGAAAAAUGCUUCAACCAAAACAUGGUAUUAUGCGAAUUUUAUGUGAUGCAGUUUUCGAUUAGAGAAUUCCAGAUGCAAAAGUAGUUCCUAUAACAUUGAACUAUGAAAAAGUAUUAGAAGGUGAUACUUUCCCUUAUGAAUUAUUAGGGGAGGAGAAAAUAAAGGAAUCUCUUCCGAGACUUAUAAAAGCUUUGAAAACUCUAAACUAAAACUAUGGGAAGAUAUUUAUUCAUAUAUGUGAGCCGAUAAGUAUACUUGCGUAUUAGUAAAAUAAGUUUCCUUCUUUAAAUCUUUAAAGUUAAGACCAAAGAAAAUAGGUAGUCUAGAGUUUAUCUUAUUAAGUUUAAUAUAAAUAAACUGCAUAGUUAGUAUGUACAUCUACCAGUAUAGUGGCUUCUAUUAUACUUUCAUGUAGAAAAGGAAUCACUGAAGACGCUUUGAUUACUUAAGUAUAAUGGUUAUGUUAAAGAAUAAUAGAAAGGGGAGGAAAUAUAACAAACUCGAAUGAUAUGAUGGGGUAUUCUUAGGUUGUCAAAACUGCUUUGAAUCUUCUAAAAGGAAUUUUGAUUAAGAGUAAAAAGAAUAUUUUCUAAGUAGAGCUUACUUCAGAUACUGAAUAUAAGAAUGUUCUUAUGUUACACUAUUAUAGAAAUGGAAUUAUACAUAUUUUCAUUUUGGAGGCAAUUGUUUGUCUAGUCUUGAGUGCUUUCGGAUCUCAUAUUGCAUUUUAAGAAGGAAUUAGUGCAAAAAGACUGUGGGAGGAAGUUUAAUUUUUAAUUAAUCUUUUUGAUAAGGAAUUUGUGGUUUAAAACAUUCCAAGAAAUUAGGAAGAAUUCAAAAAUGUUUUGUUAUAAAAAAUGGUGUAGUUUAAUGUUAUUUCUAUAGAAAAUAAUGAUAUUGUGAAGGCUCUGGAUGAAAAUUAAAUUGGCUUUUAUUGUACUUUUGUGAUGCCAAUUAUUGAAAGUUAUUGGUCGGUUAUGAUUUAUAUGUAUACUUUGUUAAAUUAGAAACAAAAAUAGUAAGUUAAAAAAAUAUAUUAAGGUGGAUAAAUGGUUAAUGGUUGUUCGUUAUAAUUUGAUACUGCUUUAGGAAUAAAUUGUAGAUAAAUUUAAAAUUAAUUACAAGUAGUUGGUGAUGGUUAAGUUAUAUUUAGUACAGGAAACAUUAUAGUUAUAAAAGAUCUGCAAACUAAAAAAUAUUAAUUUAUUUAAAAAGAAAAUCGCUUUAAAAAUAUUACAUGUAUGAAUGCAUAACUUUUAAAAAAUAAAAGCAUAAUAAUAGCAGUAGGAGAAUCUUCAAUGAAUGAUGAUAAACCAGCAAUGAUUGUAGUUACAUAUUAAACUGAUAAAAAAACAUUUUGGCAUGUCCUUAAUUAAGGCUUUAAAGGUGUCGUAAAACAAGUGUGUAUUAAUACUGAUAAAUAUUAUGCUUGUGGAUUAUUACUUCCUUGA